UCACCACUCGUCCACCGCCAAACGCUCAGAGCUCAUAGAAAGGGGCAUGCGUAGCCCCUAUAUACUUUGUCACCCAUAACUUCUCUGCCGCCCAUGGCUCUUCGAACCCGCGCCACAAGGUAGCCCACCUCCGCACCAUGGCCGGCCGCUACUCGAACCUCCCCCCUCCACCGACCCGCGACUCGCUCGAACUGGCCUCGCUGGCCUCUUCCUCGCAUGCUUCGCAGCGCACGUCGGUCGAGUCCUCCGACUCCGGAGUGCCGUCGUCGCGGAGGCUCUCGUUCGACGACGAAGACCCCCUCUCGGAGCUCAAUCCCGCGGGUCAUGAUGACGGCCGGCCACGACAUAAUCGCUCCUAUAGCGUGUCCUCUGCCUUCGACUUUGCGCCGAACCUAUUUCCCUUAUCCAGCACAGCGCAAGGCUACACCGCCCUCGGUGCGCCCUCUAAUCCUGCCUUGGACGCCUCGAAUGCGCUCAACGGCGGCUCGUUGGAGAAAAACAAGAGUUUAACCUAUCUAAACGGGCUAUCCUUGGUGGUUGGGCUCAUAAUAGGCAGCGGCAUCUUCUCCUCGCCAUCGCAAGUGAACAAGAAUGCCGGCUCUCCGGGCGCGUCGCUGCUCGUGUGGGUGGUCGCAGGCAUUCUGGCCUGGACGGGCGCGGCGAGCUACGCGGAGCUCGGUGGGGCGAUACCUUUGAACGGCGGAGCCCAGGUCUAUCUUCAGAAGAUUUUCGGCGAAUGGGCUGGCUUUCUGUUCACGUGGUGUGCCGUGGUCGUGCUGAAGCCAGGGUCCGCGGCCAUCAUCGCUAUCAUUUUCGGCGAAUAUCUCGUGCGCGCAAUCAUUGGUGCCGAAGCAGCCGAGGCCAGCAUAUGGCUCAACAAGGGCGUUGCUCUGGCCGGCCUCGUUACUGUCACGCUGCUGAACUGCGUGUCUACGAAGCUCGGGACUAGAAGCGCCGACGUCUUCAUGUUCCUCAAAUUCAUCGCCCUGCUUGGCGUCACCGUGACCGGCAUUGUCGUCGCCGUGACGGGCUUCUCGUACAAGGGCCCGGCGAGCGAUGACUGGAAGACGAAGGGCUGGUUUGAUGGCACAAACACCGACGUUAGCAAUUGGGCGGUAGCUCUCUACGCCGGCUUGUGGGCCUUCGAUGGUUGGGAUAACGUGAACUAUGUUACAGCGGAGUUCAAGAACCCAACCCGCGAUCUCCCCAGGGUGAUCCACACGUCGCUCCCGCUUGUAAUAUUAUGCUACAUCAUGGCGAACAUAGCUUACUUUCUUGUUCUACCCACCGAGCUUAUAGAAUCCACCAAUACCGUCGCCGUCGCAUUUGGAAACCAAGUCUUUGGGCCCAUUGGAUCCCUCAUCCUCGCGCUUUUUGUCUCUGGCUCCUGCUUUGGAGCUCUCAAUGCCACAACGUUCACAUCCGGCCGCCUUGUCUACGCCGCAGGCAAGGAAGGCUAUCUGCCAGAGCUUUUCGGCACCAUCGGCCUCGGAAAGAGUCACAGAGCCAUUCGACUCCAUACUCUCAACGCCAACCCUAGCAUGAGCAAGAUAUCCCGCAAGUUCGUCGACUGGUUCGCCGACGCGGAUGCUGGCUUCUUCUUCACUCCCAUCUCAGCAAUGUCACUUAACGCCCUUCUCACCGCCGUCUACGUCCUAAUCGGCUCCUUCGAUACCCUCGUCACCUUCUACGGCGUCGCCGGCUAUUCGUUUUACUUCCUGGCCGUCCUCGGUCUCAUUAUAUUACGCGUCAAGGAACCCGAGCUCGAGCGCCCAUACAAGACGUGGAUAACAACUCCUAUUAUCUUUUGCUGUGUUAGCCUGUUUUUGCUAUCUAGAGCGGUGUUUGCGCAGCCCUUUCAGACGCUGUUGGUGGUGGCAUUUAUGGUUGUAGGACUGGUCAUUUGGUUUGCAUGGGUUGGGCGACGGAGAGGCAAGGAGAGGCAGCGGUUUAGGCAUGUGAAGCAAGAAGAGAACGAGAAGGUUGGAUGGAAGUUUUGGAAAAGGUGGCGGGGUUAGUAUUGCGUAGGGUAGGCUUGCAUUAGCAUAGCCCCGUUCCUGCCGUCAAACUACUGAGUUUUCUGAUCCCAUUCUAUCUGAAUCCACCUCAACCUCAUCCUCCAUUCACACUAGGCCCAUAAAAAGCACGCUCGCGACCAUGAACACAAAGAGUGGCAGCUUCGUGCUCGGCCCUGUUGCAGUGUUUUCUACCUCCUCCGCUAGCGGCGCGAAUAACUCGUCCUCUUCGUCGUCCUCGCCCCCUUUCUUUCCACUUCCCUCAGCUGCGGCCGCAUCGGAGGCCGGGAUCUCCGGACACGCCGCGAACUGCUCCUCAACUUCUUCCCAGGUCGCGGGCAGUCCGUGCC